AUGCCUCAAGUGGAUCAUAUAGAUCCGGGUCCUGAUACCUUUCGAAUUCUUCUAACGACUGAUAAUCAUGUUGGAUACAUGGAAAAUGAUCCCAUAAGAGGAGAUGAUAGCUGGAAGACGUUUUCUGAGAUUUUGCACAUUGCAAUGGACCAGGAUGUCGAUCUGAUUUUGCAAGGAGGCGAUCUUUUCCAUUUUAAUCAGCCGAGCAAAAAAUCGUAUUAUCAUGUUAUUCAGACUCUUCGUGAGUGCUGCUGGAACGAUAAACCAAUCGAGUUCAAGCUUGUUUCUGAUCCGUCUAAUGCAAUGGCUACGAAGCACUUCAGUUACCCGGCAGAAUAUGACAAUAAUGUGAACGUUGGAAUUCCAAUGUAUGCAAUUUCUGGCAAUCAUGAUGAUGCUACAGGCGAUGAGCUAUUAUCUCCACUUGACUUGCUUUCCGUGGGGGCUCUUCUAAAUCAUUUUGGACGAGUUACGAACAACGAUCAUAUUACAAUUUAUCCACUGCUAUUUAAUAAAGGGUCCACAAACUUGGCACUGUACGGACUUCAAAGUAUUCGUGAAGAGAGGCUUAAGAAGACGAUGGCUUCCGGAAAUUUGGAAUUCUUGCAGCCAGAUACUGGCAAUGACGUUCAGUGGUUCAAUUUGAUGUGCAUACACCAGAAUCACGUUCAGAGACCUGGAAUUCGUAUUGUAGAGGAAGUUAAUCUCCCAGACUUUUUGGAUUUCAUCUUUUGGGGCCACGAGCAUGAUUGCAUACCAAGUGCAAUAAAAAACGCAUCUACUGGGUUUAAUGUGUUGCAAGCAGGAUCAUCAAUUGCAACUUCUCUUUCAGAAGGUGAACUAGCAGAUAAGCAUGUCUUCAUUUUAAGUGUCAAGGGCAAAGAUUUUGCACUUGAGCCUAUCAGAUUGAGGACUGUGAGACCAUUUGCAAUGAGAAGUGUCGUUCUUUCAAAUAGUGGACUAGCGGCUACAUCCUCAAAUAAAACGGAGGUAUUAAAUUAUCUUAUAGAGCAGAUUGAACAAUUAAUAGCUGAUGCCACAGAUAAGUGGUCCAAUUGUAAUUCAGAAGGGUUGGAAAGUGGCGAAUUAACGAAAGCUGACAUACCUCUUCCUUUGAUUCGUCUUCGAGUGGAAUACAGUGGUGGAUAUGAGGUUGAGAAUCCCCGCUACUUCUCUAAUAGGUUUGUUGGGAAAGUAGCUAAUGUGAAUGAUGUUCUUACCCUAUACAGAAAGAAGUCGGCAACCCGAGAGAUGAUUUCCGAUAUGGUCAAAAACAACUUAGCAGCUAAGGAUAAGUCCAAAUCAGAUGCAUCUUCCAGAGAAAGCGAAACAGGAGAGGGUAAUAUUUUUGGUAUGAUUGAUAGCCAGUUGGAUGACAAUGAUUUGAUAUUAUUACGGAAGAAUGAAUAUUCUGAUACUUUGAAUGAUUUGGUUUCCAAGGGUGAUAAGAGUAUUCUUGAACACUUCGUUAAGAGUGAGGAGGAUAAAAGUUACAAGCUUUUGGAGAAGCUUACACUUGAGAAUAACUCCAAUGGUGGCAUUGGCAGUGGCAUUAACUCAAAAGAUGCAGAUAGCUUGGUUAACGUGAAAAAAAGUUUCCGGAACUUGGCCAAAAGAAUAAGAGCCGAAGCAACAUAUUCAGGCAAAAGUGUGCCAAUCAAGUUUGAACCAAGCACGACCAUAGAUAGUUCCUCGAUUGAAUUGGUUCAUUCUUCUCCUCCGCGAACGUCUCGUCCAUCGGCAAAAAGGAAUCAGCAUAAUAGUAGCCAAAUCGUGAUUGAUUCUGACUCUGAGUCGGAUGGGGAUUCGGUAUUGGAGGAGGAGGAUCAAGAUAAGAAUGUAAAGAAAGCAUCUAAAAGGCGGGCAGGCCGAAAUUCUACAAUGGCUCCUAGUAUAUUUAGCAACCUUGGGAAAAGGUGA